AUGGACGCUGACACGCAGCAGCUGCUGGACAUGAUCAUUGAAUUGUCUGGAGUUGGAGAAGCGGUUGAUGUCAUUGCGCGCCAAAAAUUCGAAACCAUCGAGAAACAGGACGAGAUGAAGGGCCCGAACGGGCAAUCUUUGACCUGGAAAAAGGAGAAUGUGACGGAGGAGCUCGGCAAGGAAGAGGCUCACAAAGUCGACGUGAUGGAGCAGCUGCAGCGGAUGUACACACCGCGACAGCUCGAAGAAAUGCGACAUUCCGGCUAUACGGCCAUGACGCCGCGGCAACUCGAUUACGUAUACGGCACGAAAUCGCCGUACAGCAACUCCGAGGCCUUGGAUAAUUUGAAAAGGACGAACCUCACGCGCGAAAACGUCGACCUCGCCAUCCACGACAUUAUCCGCAACGUGGCGCAGGGCGACGUCAAAUUCCGGGCCGAUCCUCACAACAAGCACGCCGAGCUCGACAAGUUCGACAAGUCGAGAAAGAAGGAUAUUGUCCUCUCCCCAAUCGCAUUCCUGCCCGUCAUCAACAACCCGGCGCUCGUUUCGCAACCCUUGAUUUUAUCGCCGGUAAUCUUUUCCUACCUCCUCGGCUCGCCCGCCAUUUUCGGCGCCAUCGUUCUGUCGCCGUGGUUGUUCGUGAUCCUGAACCCAUUUGGCUUCGUCCCAAUCAUCUUGACCCCCCUCGCGUUGACGCCGGUCAUUCUGUCGCCCGGCAUUUUCAACCCGUUCGUGCUGUCGCCGCUGGUGCUCUGCCCGUUCAUCGUGUCCCCACAGGCCUUCACGCCUCUUAUCCUCUCGCCCUUCGCGCUGACGCCAAACGCGCCGUUCCAC